AUGUGGCAAGGUAUCUGGGACGGGGCAUUGGCUAGUAAAACGCUUUGGCAAUUGUCAAGACGUACGAAGGGCUUCAGAGAAUUGCUCAAGGAUUCUAAAAGCGGUUUGCAAUAUGAGGGUAACUACGAAGAUGUGCAGAAACUGGUAUUGUAUGCUCAGACGGCACGAGCCGUACAGAUGGCAAAUCAAUACGAGGCUCUGCACAGGGGAUGUCUGUUCGACUCAUUCGGACGACAGAUUGGUGGCCAGGUGACUGUGAUGGUUGGUAAGGCUGAUUUAACAGGCCAGCACUCUGUGAGUGUGGCCGUAGACGGAAGAGAGUUAGUGGGGUCACGCCAAAGCACACACAGUGGAGAGGAGGUGGAG